AUGGAGCCAAUGCGAAGCCCACCCGUAACACCUAAGAAACUCUGCAAAUUGGUGUUCGUGAUUAAAAAGGGUAUCACGAAGUGCAAGUUUAUUGUUGAUCUCCACCCCUUGCUGCAACGUGGCAAGAUCGUGGGGAAAGCUCUAAACGAUCUCAUGAUCCACCAUUACACCACGCUAAAACUCAGUUGCCGGUCAAAUGACAUGCACGCCUCCUUCAUAUCGCCUGGAGACUACGAGUUCAGCUGCAGUAACAGUCCGGCUUUUCCACCCUUCAUUCCUAAUCUCCGUUUUGGCAAGCGCAGAGGUCAAUUUAAUCCGUACAAUCUUCGCGAACACCAUGCGGCAGCAACACCGCCACCGCCACCGCCACCCACUGGUGAGGAUGAUGUGGCAGUGGCAGUGGCGGAGUUUGAUGUAACAGAGUUUUCGCCUCUGGUGGGACAGGUGAGGCGCCGAGUGAGGGUCACAGACUCGCCCUUUGCGUUGAAGAAUGAUGACAAAGACUGCCAUGUGGACAAGGAAGCUGAAGAAUUUAUCCAGAAGUUUUACAUGCAGUUAAGGUUGCAGAAUUGGAAAUCCACCAGCGAAACAGCUAAUCUUUCUGGCUGA